AUGGAGAGUCCUACAAAGAAGUCCACGUCCAGAGUCAUCGAGCAGCUCCAGCAUGAAAUCGACAAAUUGAAGAGCGAGUUGGAAGGCUUGAGAGAGUCGAAUCAACUGUACAAGAAAAGAUACGACUUGUUAAGCAAGAAGAACGACUCUCUAGUGGAUCAGUUAGCAAAUGCCAAACACGAGAACGACAUGAUUGGGGCGCUUUUGAAAAGAAAAGAGCGUCGUAUAGCCGACUUGGAAGAGGAGUUCAACGACGUGCACUCGUCGAACGAGAAUUUGAAACUAGCCAAUAAGAACUUAAAAAUCAGGUGUGACAACUUGCAAGAGUCUCUGGCCACGUCCACGGCCGAGCACGAGCGGUUGAAGAUCGCCUACGACGCCUUGAUCGCAUCUCAGCACGAGUAUAAGCGCCACUAUCAACAGGAGAUGGACGGGCUCUACCGCCUGUUUGAAGUCUACAAGAAGGAACUGGCGAGAACCAUUGACGACUUGUCGGCAAAGUUGGAUAGUAACGAUAAGGAUUACGACACUUUGCUUGAAAGUCUCACCGCCAAACGGAAGUCUAUGGAUAACAUCAAUGUGAAUAAGAACAAGGCCAUUUUGCUGCUCUUGGUUUCGCUUGCAAAAGCAGCCAAGGUGCACGGGGAGGAGUCGAAGGAAAUUUUACUGGAGAACGUCGAUGUGGUUUCCUCUCUCAAGGAGAAGUAUCCUGACUUGAAGGAGAAAAUUAAAGAAAGAGAGAAGAUCGAUGUGGAUAUAGAGAGCAUCUUGCUGACGGCCAGCGAGAGUUUAAGCACCUCAUUCGGCGAUAUCGAUAUCGAUGGUAAACCUUCUGGCCAACGCAAUGCGUCUCUGAGAAGAAGAAGAGGCAACACCAGCAGCAGUAACAACAAGAGAAAUUCAAUGAGGCUCGACUCUCCGGAGCCAGGCACCACCAUUGCUCUUCCCAAGCAAAGAUACACCCUGUCUUCAGGAAGCCGAAACAUGAGCUCUUCUGGCAACUCCCAAAGCCGUUCGGGAAGCAGAAGCAACAGAAACUCGCAGAUCUUCCCCAACGAUAACAACAACCAACAUACCCCGAAUAAGAAUAAGAGGAGGCUGUUUUACGGUGGCAGCAGUAAUUUCAACAGCGGUGGUUUCGACUCGAAUAGAAAGACCCUGCGCAAGGUCUCGUCAGAAACUGCCAAGGCCUAA